GCCCCGCUGCGCGCCCAGCCGCCGCCGGCGCCCCGGACCCGGUAACCCCACCAGGCCCCGGCCCAGGCAGACCCCCGACCCUCGGGCCCAGGCCAGCCGAUUCCGGGACGGGGGCUGGGGUUCCGCUGCUCGCUCGCCGCGGUGACCGCCCCACGCGUGCGGGGGCCACGGCGGCCGAGACUUCCCGCGCGCUUCGGCCCCGGGUCCCUUCCCUGGGUCCCCUCCUGGCGAUCGCGGCACCCUCCCCAGGGCCCCCAGGAUCAUGUGGUACAUCAGCACUCGGGGGAUGACCCCACGGGUCGACUUUGAGGGGGCCCUCUUCUCUGGCUAUGCACCCGACGGGGGCCUCUUCAUGCCUGAGGAGCUCCCACAGCUGUGCAGAGAGACCCUGCGUCAGUGGAGUGUGCUCUCCUACCCUAGCCUGGUGAAGGAGCUGUGCGCCCUCUUCAUUGGCCCUGAGCUCAUUCCAAGAGAUGACUUAAAUGAUCUGAUUGACCGAGCCUUCAGCAGAUUCCGCCACAGGGAGGUGGUCCAUCUGUCCAGGUUGAAGAACGGGCUGAACGUGUUGGAGCUGUGGCAUGGGGUCACGUAUGCGUUUAAGGACCUGUCCCUGAGCUGCACAGCACAGUUCCUGCAGUACUUCCUGGAGAAGAGGAAGAAGCAUGUCACCGUGGUUGUGGGAACAUCUGGGGACACAGGGAGUGCUGCCAUUGAGAGUGUUCAAGGGGCAAAGAACGUGGACAUCAUCGUUCUGCUGCCCAAGGGUCACUGCACGAAGAUUCAGGAGCUCCAGAUGACAACAGUGCUGAAGGAGAAUGUCCAUGUGUUUGGAGUGGAGGGAAACAGCGAUGAGCUUGAUGAGCCCAUCAAGGCCUUGUUUGCUGACGUGGCUUUUGUCAGGAAGCACAAUCUGAUGAGUCUGAAUUCAAUCAACUGGUCUCGGGUCCUCGUGCAAAUGGCCCACCACUUCUUCGCUUACUUCCGGUGUGUGCCAUCCUUAGACGCACACCCCCUGCCCCCCGUGGAGGUGGUUGUGCCAACGGGGGCCGCUGGGAACCUUGCAGCUGGGUGCAUUGCUCAGAAGAUGGGCCUGCCCAUCCGCCUGGUUGUGGCAGUGAACCGCAAUGACAUCAUCCACAGGACCGUCCAGCGAGGAGACUUCUCUCUGUCCAAGGCUGUCAAAGCAACCUUGGCAUCAGCUAUGGACAUUCAGGUGCCCUACAACAUGGAGAGGAUCUUCUGGCUGCUCUCUGGCUCUGACAGCCAGGUGACAAGAGCCCUCAUGGAGCAGUUUGAAAGGACCCAAAGUGUGAGUCUACCCAAGGACCUGCACAGCAAGCUUUCAGAGGUGGUGACGUCUGAGUCGGUGUCGAAUGAGACCAUCACCCAGACCAUGGGCCGCUGCUGGGAAGAGAACCAGUACUUGCUGUGCCCUCACUCGGCCGUGGCCGUGAGCUACCAUUACCAGCAGACAGACAGGCAGCAGCCCAGCCCUCCCCGGUGUUGUCUGGUCCCCGCCUCUGCAGCCAAGUUCCCCGAAGCUGUCCUGGCUGCCGGGCUGACCCCAGAGACUCCCUUGGAGAUCCUAGCCCUGGAGCACAAGGAGACACGUUGCACCCCAAUGCGGAGGGGUGACGACUGGACACUGAUGCUUCGGGACACAAUUGAGGACCUCAGCCGGCAGUGGAGGGAUCACUGCCUGAAUGCCUGGGAAUAGCCAGGCUGGAGUUGGCUUCCUUUGGGCUUCUGAGGCCAGGGAGGUGUGCCCUCUGAGCUGCUCUGUAUACCUUCUCCCCGUUGAGAGUCUUGAGUUAAGAGGGUAGGAGCUUCUCAGGGGGUCUGAGCCAGCUGGUUUCACUCUGCCCCGUGACUGCUCUGUACUCUCGCGGUGGUGGUGUCCUCUGGUCGCUGGGGAUGCCGGGUGGGGGGUGUGGAUGAUUGCUGGAGUGCGCCCCCACUGCCAGCUGGUGCAGGAGCAUCACUGCUGCGUGUUAAUGUUUCAGGGCCUGCAGAUGAAGACCCUUGGGCACAGAGUCGACCUCGCCUCCAGGGUUUAGGACCCCAGACCCUAAACCUGUGCAGGUGGGGGCUGCUCACUCCAUUAACACAGGCCUGGGGCUCAUGGUCUCCGAGCCUUAGUUUAUCCCCAAGCCAGAUCCAGAGGUCUUGGCCUGCCUUGUCAGAACUUCCACCCUGUUAGAAUAUUGGGAAUCCCUGGAAUAAAAGUGCAUGUUCAGUGUGAUGGUGACUCUGCGUGGCCUGUAGGCAGAGAAUGGUGGCUGCCCAGUGGUGAUGGUGGUGUUGUGGUAUGUGGUCCAUCCACCAGCUGCUCCAGACUGGCCCAGUGUUGAGGGGGGCAGCAGACAGAGCAGGCAGUGGGGCAGGUGGCAGGGGUGGUGGUGGCGCACAGCAUCGAGGGGUGGUAGGAUCACCAGAUCCAGCCCGUGUGGAAAGCACACACCUUAAAGUAUACACUUGAGUCGAGUUACCCUGUUGCUCACAUAUUGGGUUCACCUGCUUUAUUAAACCAGGGCAUAUGUCAUGCCAGCAAAAAGCAAUGAUCCCUCAUCGACCACUAAAUAAAGUCCAAGUGCCUCCAUAAUCACACUGCCCCAGAGAAAUCAAAUUGUUCUUUCCUCUGAAAGCAUGACUCAUGCUGUUCUCUCCCCAUGCCUUCAACCUUGCACUUGCCUCAUGGAGAGCGUCCUUAGCUUUCUUAAAGUGUGCAUUUCCUUCUACCCGGGUUUUUUUUUUUUU